AUGAAAAAUCAAAAGGUAACAAUCAAGUGGAUACUAUAUUUAAAUUCUGUGUUGAAAGAAGCACAGUGGUUGAAUUCUGGUUACUUGCCAAAGGCAGAUGAGUACUUGAACAAUGGAAUUGUUAGUCCAGGAGUGCAUCUGGUACUUAUUCACACGUUCUUCCUCUUCGAUCACAGUCAAGAUAUAACUAAGGAAACUAUUGCUAUUUUGGAUGACGAUUUUCCAAAUAUCAUGUAUUCAGUGGCAAAAAUUCUUCGUCUAUCCGAUGAUUUAGAAGGAGAUAAGAGUGGAGAUCAAAAUGGUCUUGAUGGAUCAUAUCUUGAUUGCUACAUGAAUGAACACCAAUACAUUUCAGCUGAAGAGGCACAAAGACAUGUUGCUAACAUGAUUUCAAAUGAAUGGAAACGUCUCAAUCAAGAAAUAAUAAUCCCAAACCCAAUAUUUUCAUCAUCAUUUACCAAGUUUUGUCUUGAUGUUGCUAGAAUGGUUCCUCUCAUGUACCACUUCAAGAGUAAUCCAAGUCUCACCAAUCUACAGGAACUUGUGAAGUCAUUGGUUAAUGUUAAUGCUAGGUGAAUUUAAGUUUAAACAGCCUAUUAUAUUCUUGGAGUGAACAUGUCAGGUCAAAAUAGGAUAUUAUACUAUUGAUUUGCAUUAACUUCCUACUUUAGCCUAUAUUUGGUAUCACAGUGGAGACGCCAAGUUGUAUUCCUGGUGGCUAGGUGCUUAAAUGUUGUUUCCCUUGUAUUUUGUUUUAAGUAUGUAGCUUUGGUGCUGUUUCUGUCUGUCAUGGUUUUGUUGUGAACCACAUGGUGGUGGGUUGGAUCUUUUGUAUAGCUG